CAGAAUCCUGCGCAGUGAUUGGCUGAGAGGCUGUGACCAAUCACAUUCACACAAAUAAUAAUUAUUUAAGUGAAGAGUUUAUAUUUAUAAAGAGACGGAAAUGCCUUGGCCAGUCGACAUGAGUGUUUCCUUGCUUACCGUGUUCUAAUCAGUGACAUCAUGUUAGAUUUUGCGUCCUCCAAUCAGCAAUCAGAACAUUAGACAGUUAGCCAAUCAGCUCCCAGUCUACCUUCGUAGUGUGAUGCUGUCCAUGGAAACCAGAGUGACCUACAGGAGCUGAGGCUUACAGACUUUUUUGUUGCACCUGAAUGCACCGUCUCAUCUGGUGGAUUAUGCUCCGCCCCCAUCACGUCACCAGGAGAAGACAUGUUAGCGUAGCUUAGCACAAACCGUGUCUCAUGUCACUAUUGACACCGUCUGGACUUGUCCCUCUUGCUGGAGACAACAGGAAGCAGGUUUUAACAGAGUAAAUAUGACAUCACAGCUACAUCAUCACAACCUACGUCUGUUUUAUGACCUCAGAGUAAGUGAAGAGGUCAGGAUGAGUUUACAGUAAAUAAUUCAAAUCCUUCUUCAGAUGACAGGCAUCUCUUAUUGUUUAACUCACUCUGAGUACAGACAUUAAUAAUGACUCAUUUAUAUUAUGUGCACGUUUGUCCAUCCUGCUGUCGACACGUUUCGUAUGUUCCAGCUGAGUGUCGUUUUCUUUACAUCACGGUUGCAGAAAAGACUUCGAGGACACACCUGGAAACACCUGUCCAUCCUGGCUCAGAGCUAGUCCUCCGUCCUCAAAGCGCAUUUUAGAAACUAAGGCCCCGUUUACGCGAGGACGCUUGCAGGUAAAAACGUCAAAAUAUUUCAACAAAACACCCUACCGUUUAUACGAGGACGGCGUUUUGGGGGCUUGAAAACGCAAACAUUUGAAACCGGCCUCCAGAGUGGAAAAGUAGAAAACGCUCCGCCGUUACAUUUCCGUCUAAACAGCAAAACACAAAACUUUGCCGAGAUCUGACCACGUCACGUACGCGAUUACGUCACAUACGUGCGCCGGUGCUUUGGUUUGCCGGCCGGUACAAGGACGUAAACAAAGAUGUGCGAUUAUUUCCAUCCUUCGUACCUUCAAGCAACUCUGGCAGCUCUAUGUACACUACAGGAGUCGUACCAACAAACGUACAGAAUCUGUACAGAUUCCAUUCAUGAACAUUUACCGCGGCGGAGAUCCGAAAAGGGAGACAGUAAGCAUGCGCGUAGACAUGGCAGAGUUUUAUCACAGCGCCACCCAGCUGCCUGGCAUGCAUAUCCAAUCGAAUUCCACACACUAUAGAGUCACCGUAUAUACGCAGAUUUCCUUCAAAACCGCUCGUCUAAACGUGAAAUGACAAGACGUCACUUUUGGGUUUUCUGUUAGGAUGGUCCUCGUGUAAACGGCCCCUGAGACGUCUUUUGUUGUGACUGACUUCCUUCCUGUUCAGGGCCGGAUUUUUGAGGCUGAAUCUGUAAAAUGAGAUGGAAGCAGCUGGUUUCUUCAUCAUCAGGCAGGUGUACAAACAGAAAUGCUGGUGCAGGUCGAGGUUCAGCCCUGAAGCUCUUCAAACAUCUCACUGUAUCAGAUUCUAAGAGUCUGAAGGAAAGUGAAAUGUGAGAGGAAAAGUAGAGGAGGUUUCCUGUAACUCUGCAGCAUUUCUGUAAUCAGAAUAAAACCUGAUACUUGAUCAAUAAUCAGCUGAUUCUUCUGACAAACAGCAACCAGAGGAUUGUUUCUGUUUCUACCCCUAAGAACAGAGUUUUCGUUGUGGUUGGUUCAGACAGUUUAAAGUGCUUGGAACCGGUUUGCUCUGCUCAUCUGGAGUUUCAGUCCUCACAGGUGUUUUUUUAUUUCUGUGAUCUGGAAAUGAUGCAAACAGAAACCGUUGUAACAUCUUGUACAAACUGCAAUAAAACAGCUGCAUGUGUGAAACGGUUUGGUGUGUUCUUGGGUUAUUGAUCGGCAAUCAGAUAUCAAUUAGAGCCAGCUGGUUUGUUAGUUGCUGACUGCUGCUCAGAGGAAAUCAAAAGGUCUGCUCUCUGUUUAAAAUGAGGGAGGUCUGUACCUUUCUAUGUUCAGUGCUGUGACAAAUGCUGUGAAUUUGCAUUAUAAAAAUCAGUUCCAUUCUAUUUAGUAAAUUAGUUAGAUAAAAUUUUUAUUAUGAUUCACAGACUAAAGAGCUCCAGAUCCAAUAGAAGAAACAUGCAGCUGAAAAUUGAUGUAACUGAACUGCAUCCAGGUCUCAGAGAACUCCAGCUGGAACUGGCUCAGCUUAAAGUGACUACAGCGAGUCUGAAUCUCCAGAGUAGAGAACAGGGGCCUCAUUUAUAAAACAUUGCGUAGGAUUCAUACUAAAGUUUGCGUACGCCUAUAAUACGAAAUUGGCGUAUGCCCUUCGCCCCUGAUUUAUAAAACUGUGCUUAAGCACAGCUGCACGCAAUUUCUUGAUAAAUCACACGCCAGCUGGAAGAUUGCACAGGUGGAUCCACCUCACAUUCCGCCCACAACACACCCACAUUUUACCAUGAAUGGUCAAUGCAAAGUAACUCAUGAAUGUAUCUGUAUAUAAAUAAGCUGCUGAUCCACGGCAUUUUACACAGCGCCCCCUGCAGUCUUUUCUCUGCUGUGCGUCAGGAUGAAUGAAUCAUGUGUUGAUCCAGGCCACCCUGACACUAAAUUUGUUAUGAUCAUGUCCGAUGUACAAAUAAUUUGUAAACUGAUUGAAUGUACAUUUUUUCGGUUCACAUAGAGAAAUUCAUCUUCACUCGGGGGUUGUGGUGUGAAGCAUGUGUGCCUGUACAGGGCUGAUUAAUGGUUGGACGCUCAUCCCAUUCGGCCACAUAUGGAUAAAUAAACAAAAUUCUUUACUUUUUUUUGCCUUUUUACUGUGAUAGUUGCAGUGAAGAGUGACAGGAAAUGGGGAGAAGAGUAGGGGGAAGACAUGCAUAAAAGUGCCGCGGGCAGGAACCGAACCUGGGCCACUGCGUCAGAGACCACCCCUACAAAUGGAUGAGCCAUACAGGCGCCGGGUGAUCAAUAAACAAAAUUAUUUAAUAAAGAUGUGGACCGGCUCUUCGGUCAAACAACCGAAUGAAAUAACGUUCAAUCCGCUCCUGUUGAUAUAUGAACUUAGUUCUGCAAAUACAGUCGUCGGCCGAAUGACGCACUAUAUGAACAUCUACAACAAUGAGGGUUUAUGAUUAUCCGGCUCUACAAGUCUAAUAUGUGAUAACAAUAAAGGUUUGAGAUCAAUCUGGUUUCAGUUCACCACUUCACCCUCCGGCACUGCCGUUCCCUCUGUCUCCAAAAUGUGCUUAAGCAAGCAUCAAAGUUGGUGCACCGGUGCGCACAUUCUCAUGCCAAGUUUGUUUUAGAAAUCACAACCUUAACCCCAGUCAGUCCUCCGUUAGAGACCCCUAACCCCAGCGAGUCAGAGCACUCCUCAGUUAACUGGGAAACAGGUGAAGUUCUGUACAAUUGUUAGUCAGAUUAACACUAUGGUUUGCACUCAGGGUUGUUUUGUUAAUCAGAGCAGGUGAACGGAAGCUCACCUGCUGACACACCUGUCCUUAGGUUUGUGAGACUAAAAAAACACAGAGAUUGACUCUGCUGUACGGAUCUCAGAUUAUCAAUAAUCAAUAUUCACUGAUUAUAAACUGCUGAAUCAGGUGCAUAUGCAUAUGUACUUCAAUAGCUAUUGCUGUGAGGGCAUUAAACAUCUCUGAAGGUACUUCCUUUAUCACCCGGCAGCCUGAAGUUUCCACCUGGUCGUCCAGCUCAGGUGUAGGUCAGGUUGGUUAUUAACCAUGACAUACAGUGUGAGAUGGUUAAUUAUCUGUUGGUAAUCUCUGUGGACUUCAACCUGAGACACUAAAGCUCUUUAUGUUCAGUAUUUGCUGCUUGACCGUCCACGCGUCAGACCGCUGUAGCUGAAAUGGAAGACAUCUCUCAGGUAAAUUAACUGUUGAUUACUGAUUAAAUGUUGGUUGGUUGUCCCUGUGAAUGAGGACAGCUGGACCACAGGUCAGGUGGACUAGAAGACUGGUGCAGUGUCUUCAGUUGAAUUAUUAAACUGGUUACUGUGUGAAGAGUCGAUCUCCGGCCCAUUUAAGCAAACUGACCUGCAAACAACAGGUCUGUUGAACUGUGAGCGCUACACUCAGGUACAGGUACACACCUGAACACAGCUUGAUGCAUUCUGUCUGUCUGAGGACAGUAAGGACAUGGACACUGAUGUUUGGAGGAUCAAACAGGUGUUUGUUCUGCUGCUAUAUUUUUGUUUUGUGUUGAGCUCCUUCUCUGUUUGAUGAUGUCCCUGGAUCAACCGGUGUGUCUGUCUGUCCAAUCAGAGUCACAGUUACCUGGAACAUGGGCAGGGCCAUAAGGAAAACACCACUGACUUGCCGAUGCGAGAAGACAUAAAAGAAAAACAGCCAAUGGGAGGACAGACAGCAGCAUCAGACAUGAUUUACACCAUCGAGGAUGUCCCACCCUGGUACCUGUGUAUUCUCCUGGGACUGCAGCAUUACUUGACUUGUUUCAGUGGCACUGUAGCUGUACCUUUUCUCCUGGCUGAGGCCAUGUGUGUCGGCCGAGACCAAAGCACCAUCAGUCAGUUGAUUGGAACCAUUUUCACCACUGUUGGAAUCACAACUCUGAUCCAAACCACUGUGGGAGUCAGGCUCCCUCUGUUUCAGGCCAGUGCAUUUGCAUUCUUGAUUCCUGCUCAGGCGAUCCUCAGUCUGGACAGGUGGAAGUGUCCUCCUGAAGAGGAGAUAUAUGGGAACUGGAGUCUUCCAUUGAAUACCUCACAUGUCUGGCAGCCUCGCAUCAGAGAGGUAGGACCAAAUAUGUCCACAAGUAUGAUUCAGGGGGCCAUCAUGGUGUCCAGCCUCGUGGAGGUGGUGAUUGGUCUGUGUGGUUUACCUGGUCUGCUGCUCGAGUACAUCGGUCCACUCACCAUCACGCCAACCGUCUCACUGAUCGGCCUGUCGGUCUUCACCACUGCCGGAGACAGAGCAGGGUCCCACUGGGGCCUGUCUGCACUGUGUAUUUUGCUGAUCGUCCUGUUUGCUCAGCACUUGAGAACGACAUCACUUCCUGUUCCUGUUUACAGCCGAGAGAAAGGACUGACGUCGACCAGAGUCCAGAUCUUCAAGAUGUUUCCUAUCAUCCUGGCCAUCAUGGUGGUUUGGCUCGUCUGCUACAUUCUGACUCUGACCGACCUGCUGCCCACCGACCCCGAUCGCUACGGACACAAGGGUCGGACCGAUGCCCGCGGUGACAUCAUGACCUCAUCGCCCUGGUUCAGGGUGCCCUACCCCUGUCAGUGGGGGUUGCCGGUGGUAACGGUUGCUGGGGUGCUGGGGAUGCUGAGUGCAACCAUGGCAGGUAUCGUGGAAUCGAUCGGAGACUAUUAUGCCUGCGCUCGUCUGUCUGGAGCCACGCCCCCUCCGGUCCACGCUAUCAACAGAGGGAUCUUCACUGAGGGUGUCUGCUGCAUCAUCGCCGGUCUGUUAGGGACAGGAAACGGCUCCACCUCCUCCAGUCCCAACAUCGGCGUCCUGGGAAUCACCAAGGUGGGCAGUAGGCGGGUGGUGCAGUACGGAGCAGGCAUCAUGUUCCUGCUGGGAUCGGUCGGGAAGUUCACGGCUCUUUUCGCCUCGCUGCCGGACCCGAUCCUCGGGGGUCUGUUCUGCACUCUGUUUGGUAUGAUCACAGCUGUUGGCCUGUCCAACCUGCAGCUGGUGGAUCUGAACUCCUCCAGAAACCUGUUUGUUCUAGGGUUCUCCAUGUUCUUUGGUCUGACGCUGCCUACGUACCUGGACACACACCCCAACUCCAUCAGCACAGGUCUUCCAGAACUCGAUCAGAUCCUGAUGGUUCUUCUGUCCACUGAGAUGUUUGUUGGAGGUUUUCUGGCUUUUUGUCUCGACAACUCAAUACCAGGUUCCCGUCAGGAGCGCGGUCUGAUUGGCUGGAGGUCCUCUGACUCCUCCUCUUCCUGCACCUACGACCUACCUGUUGGGAUGGGCGUGGUCAGACGGACCCGCUGGCUCCGACGGUUUCCCAUCAGCCCCUCCUUCGCAGGUUUCAGGGCAUCCAAUGAUGUGCUGCCACCUCAGCCGGAAGAGGAGGAGGAAGAGGAGGGGGCUGCUGGCGUCCACCUGCCCAGCACCAAAGUGUGACGACGACGUCAUCCUCACACCUGAUUGGCUGCGUCACUUCGAUCACUUUAAUGUCUCUCUUUUUAUAUAUAGACAGACUAAUGUUGGAAUCUCUAAUGAACAUCAUGUUUUUCACGUAAAGUGUCUUUGAGUGUUCUAAAAGCACGAUACAAAUAAAAUGUAUCAUUAUUAUUGUUUUACUCCUGUAACUUAAAUUGUGUGUUUUUCUAUUUGAAUCAGUCUGAUGUUUUCUUCAGCUGGUAGGUCUGGUUAGGGAGCGGCAGAAAGACUCCAGGUGAACUCAUCAACCAUCUGUGUCCCCACAGGUGUGUCCAGGUACAGGUGUGACCUCAUACAGGUGUGUCCCUAUACAGGUGUGUCCUGCUAGUCUGUGCUCAUGCAGGUUUCUGGUGGAGUUCUGAGAAUGAGUUUGUAAAUUAUAGCAUCUUUGUCUCUGGUUUGGCUCUGCAGCGCCCCCCCAUGGAAGCUUUAGUGUUUCAGAACAACUUUCCCCUGUCACUAUGGAAACAUCAUAAAGCAAAGAACCAACA